AUGGAGGGGGGAAAGCGAGGAGGGGCCUGUUUGUCUCUCUUGGGGUUCCGUAGGCAGCAGGGGGCAGGAAUUAAGGGGUGGGGCUGUGCGGGGCGGGUACUGAGUGGGCGGGGCCUUGCUCGGGUAACUCCCAGGGGCUGGCUAGAGACCCAGAGUCGCAGAGCGGAGAGGCCUGCGGCGAGGAUGGAGGGCCUGGCAGUGCGGUUGCUGCGCGGCAGCAGGCUGCUAAGAAGAAAUUUCCCGACUUGUUUGUCUUCUUGGAAGAUUCCUCCUCAUGUCUCAAAAUCUUCCCAGUCAGAAGCUCUACUCAAUAUAACAAAUAAUGGAAUACACUUUGCUCCCCUGCAAACAUUUACAGAUGAGGAAAUGAUGAUAAAGAGUUCAGUUAAAAAAUUUGCUCAGGAACAAAUUGCACCUUUGGUUUCAACCAUGGAUGAAAAUUCGAAAAUGGAGAAAUCAGUAAUACAAGGAUUAUUUCAACAAGGGUUGAUGGGUAUUGAAGUUGACCCAGAAUAUGGAGGCACAGGAGCUUCAUUUUUAUCCACUGUGCUCGUGAUAGAGGAAUUAGCCAAAGUUGAUGCAUCUGUGGCUGUCUUUUGUGAGAUCCAGAACACACUAAUUAACACACUGAUUAGAAAACAUGGAACAGAAGAACAAAAGGCCACCUAUUUGCCUCAGCUCACUACAGAAAAAGUAGGAAGUUUCUGCCUUUCAGAGGCUGGAGCAGGUAGUGACUCAUUUGCUUUGAAGACCAGAGCUGAUAAAGAGGGAGAUUAUUAUGUCCUCAAUGGAUCAAAGAUGUGGAUCAGCAGUGCUGAGCACGCAGGGCUCUUUCUGGUGAUGGCAAAUGUAGACCCUACCAUUGGAUAUAAGGGAAUUACCUCCUUCUUAGUAGAUCGUGAUACUCCGGGCCUUCAUAUAGGGAAACCUGAAAACAAAUUGGGGCUCAGAGCUUCUUCCACCUGCCCAUUAACAUUCGAAAAUGUCAAGGUUCCAGAAGCCAAUAUCUUGGGACAAAUUGGACAUGGCUAUAAGUAUGCCAUAGGGAGUCUCAAUGAAGGUAGAAUAGGAAUCGCUGCACAGAUGCUGGGACUGGCGCAAGGAUGUUUUGACUACACUAUUCCAUAUAUUAAAGAAAGGAUACAAUUUGGCAAAAGACUAUUUGAUUUUCAGGGCCUCCAACACCAAGUGGCUCACGUGGCUACCCAGCUGGAAGCUGCAAGAUUACUAACAUACAAUGCUGCUAGGCUUUUAGAAGCUGGAAAGCCAUUCAUAAAAGAAGCAUCAAUGGCCAAAUACUAUGCAUCAGAGAUUGCAGGACAAACAACCAGUAAAUGUAUCGAGUGGAUGGGGGGAGUAGGCUACACCAAAGAUUACCCUGUGGAGAAAUACUUCCGAGAUGCAAAGAUUGGUACGAUAUAUGAAGGAGCUUCCAACAUCCAGUUGAACACCAUUGCAAAGCAUAUCGAUGCAGAAUACUGACGUCUAUAGGAGUGGGACCCCUCCCUGGUGUCACUGCUGUAAAAUUUUAAACUGUUGUGUCUUGUUGGGAGUAAGUGCCUUGCAUGGGAAUAAACUUCCACAACAUUCGAAUAUUUUAAUGAAGCCCUUAGUCAGGGUCCUGGGGUUGGCCUUUUUGGUUUUCUCUUUUCAGGCUGUUUAACUUAGGCACAGGAGAUCCACUUUUAAACUUGGGAAAUAAGCACCUGUAUUUUUUUCCAAAACUGUUUUUAAAGCUGUAUACGCAUACAUAUAUAUUUUUUUACUCUGUCUUACUCUGUCACCCAGGCUAGAGUGCAGUGGCGCGAUCUCAGCUCACUGCAGCCUUGACCUCCUGGGUUCCAGUGAUUCUCAUGCCUCAUCCUCCCAAGUAGCUGGAACUACAGGUGUGCACCACCAUGCCUGGCUCAUUUUUGUGUUUUUAGUAGAGAUGGGGUUUUACCAUAUUGCCCAGGCUGGUCUUCUGGCUUCUAGAUAUCGCCCACCUUGGCCUCCCAAAGUGCUGGGAUUACAGGGAUGAGCCACCGUGCCUGGCUGGAUAUUUAUAUUAUCAUUCUAGUUUCAGAGUAUACAGAAGUUUCAUCCCAUCAUUUGGAAAAAUAAAGGCAUCUGAAGUACAAUAUUACUUAUAGAAAUAGUUUAUAUUCCUAUUAAAUCUUAAUCUUGUGGCAUCAGGGAAAUAUUUGUUACAUAGUAGGCAAUUUUUAUCCAGUACUUUAUAGAUUCAACUCUAAGUUGCAAGUGAAGUCAAAAUUGAUGAAAAUUUAUUUAGAAAAAUCUAAAAAUUCUGGUUUUAAAUAUGAGAAUCAGUGGAAAAUAAGGGUAUAAUUUUGUAGGUCAUAUGAUUGAAGAAAAUAUUAUUUUAACAAUGUAAAGCAAUAUGAUUUGUUACUAUAAUUAACCUGUAUAAAAGAUACAUUUUAUGGUGGUUUCAGUAGGUCAUUUUAAAAACCAAUGUGCAUUAGUUUUCAAGUAUAAGGUUUAAGUAAUUUGGUUUAAUAAUCAAAAUAUUCAAUACAGUGUUGGAUAUUCUGUCAUGCACUAUUUUUCAGUUGACAAUUUCUGUAUUUUAAUUGAAUACUGUUUCUUCAGUCAUGGUUAUUGCACUUUAUCCUGAAUAAUAAUUCAGAAAUUGGGUUUUGUUUCAGUGAUUCUCAAGAAAAAGAUCUCUUGCCCAUUAAGAAGUGUAUCAAAAUCUCAUAAGGAAUGAGGGAGAGAAGGGGGCUGUAGAGUUUGAAAAAGCAUAUUCAAUAUUAAAAUAGUUUUAUAUUUGGGAAGGCAAAAAUGAAUCUAUUGUUUUGCAAUAUAGGUUAUAAACAGGCAAAAUGCAAUAAAAUAUAUAUCUGGUUGUA